AUGUCAUCAAUUUCGUUUGCUUUUCGAGUAGGAUUGAAUACGGUUCCAAAAAUUAUAUCAGAAACUUGUGAAGCUAUAUGGAACAUAUUAAAAGAGAAAGUUUUUCCCGAAAUCACUGAAGAUUUUUGGAGAGAAAAUGCCAACGAAUUUGAAACACAAUGGAAUUUUCCUAACUGCAUUGGAGCGAUAGAUGGAAGGCAUAUAAUGGCAAUAGUGGCUCCACCUCACAGUGGUUCAACUUAUUUUAAUUACAAGGGUACCUAUAACAUUGUUCUCCUAGCGAUCGCAGAUGCAAAUUAUUGUUUUACAGCAGUAGAUAUUGGAGCUGAAGGUAGAAGAAGUGACGGAGGCAUUUUUGCGGAAAGUAAAAUUGGACAUCAUCUCAUCAAUAAUAUAUGUAACUUACCUCCGCCGAGAUCAAUUGUAGAAAAUGGUUCACAAUUGCCGUUUUAGUGGGUGAUGAAGCUUUCGCUUUAACAUCUUUUAUGAUGCGACCUUAUCCACGUGCCAACGAUUUAAAUUUACGACAGAAAGUAUUCAACUAUCGACUUAGCCGAGCUCGUAGAAUUGUGGAAUGUGCUUUUGGCAUUUUUACGGCACGUUGGAGAAUUUUUCGACGACCUCUGUCGACAAAUGUAAACAAUGCAAUUGCAAUAGUAAAAGCAACAGUUUGUCUGCAUAAUUUUCUAAUGCAAAAAGAUCUCGCAGUUUUCGCUGAAAAAAAAAACAAUAUAUGUCUUUAUCACUUUCAGAUCAUGUAAAUGUAUAUAAUAGUGCUUUCCAAGCAUUACAUUGUUUUGAUAAUAAUACAGAAAGAAAUAAUGUAAUUCAAAGUGCAGUGAACAUUCGAGAUGCAUUCAAAGAAUUUUUUUGUACUGCU